GAUUUACAGAUCUGUCAACACCGCACACCAACGUGUUGCACCAAAAAAAUGGAAGAAAGCUACCAGGCAGCUGUUCGAAGGGAGAGGACUCAAAGUAUCCAGGCACUGAAUUUUGAACUAAAGUACAUGAUCGUUGGUCAUAUCACAGCUUUUCAAGAGGCCUUUGAGUCGUUGCUUCGCUUUGCUGAAAACCGCACAAGUUCCCUGUUUGAGACAGCUUACAGACCUAUGGCAAAAGAAGCAGCAGAGCCUGUUAAAGAACUCUUUACAGACCUCUCUCUCUACAUUCUGGGCGCAGAGACUACAGUGGAAAGCGCGGUGUUACGGUUCUUUGACAGUCUCUUUCCUCUGGUGUACAGUCGACUAAUAAACCCAGGAAUUACAGAUUUAUCAGAGGACUAUACAGAAUGCCUGCGGCUCACGAGGCAAGACAUCAAUCCCUUUGGACGCCAUUCUAAAACCAUGGUUACAGAGCUGUCGAAAUCUCUCUGGGCGAGCAGGAUGCUCAGCCAGGCCCUCAGUCUGGGCAUCGAAGUGAUCAAUACUACUGAACACGCCGCCCUCACCAAGGAAUGCAGCAGAGCUCUAGUGAAGAUGCAGUACUGCCCCCACUGCCAGGGGCUGACGCUAAUCAGGCCCUGUGUCGGAUAUUGUCUCAACGUAAUGAGGGGCUGUUUGGCCAGCGUGUCGGAACUGGAUGCACAAUGGAGGGAGUACAUCUCCACGCUGGAAUAUCUGACUAAUGAAAUGGCUGCCUCACAUGAUCUGGAAACGGCACUGACGGGCAUCCGGAACUCCAUCAAUGAAGCCAUCCUGCACGCACAGUUGAAUGGGCCCCAGCUCUCCGCUACGGUUGAUAAAGUGUGUGGACAGCCCAAACAACAAGAAGGGAACCUGUCAUCGGACAAUAUAGUGCCAGUGAAGGAAGUGACUGAAACCCAGACAUUCGUGAUGGCUCACGCUAGUCUGAACAAUAAAAGAAGUUCUCUGCCUCUGAAAGCUUCAAAGAAUGACAAAUCAAGAAGUUUGAAAAAAAUCUCUCGAGAGUUCAUCAAUUACAUGAAGCGAUCCCGAACCUUUCACGCCUCUAUAGCAGAAAGGCUGUGUGAUGGAGACCUGGUGAUGAGAGACAGCUCAACCUGCUGGAACGGAGAGGAUGUCGUAGAAAGUUACACCAGCAGAGUUGUUUCCAGUGGACUGAAGGCACAAAUUAAUAAUCCAGAACUGAAAGUCAGAGGAUUGGACCCACUCAUCAGCAAUUUAAUUGAUAAACUUCAGCACUUUAAUAAACUGGAUGCUGAGAAGGCAAAAUUAAAACUGGAAAGAUGGGCUUCCCGAGAUGCUGGCAGUGGGGGUGGAAGAAGCGAAGAGAUGGAGUCAAGUGGAGAUUGUGAUGAUGAGGAUGGCUGUCAAGGAUCCGGUGACAGGAUUCAUACAGCAGAUAUACUCAAGGACAAGAAAAGCCAUCCAGAAAACAGAAACGAACCAAAACCAACUGUGAAAAAGAUUGACACCACAACCACCACAAGCACUGUCAAGUCCUCCUCUAAACACAGCGUAACUGGAAAGGGGAGCAGCCCAGCUCCAAGCUCCUCACUGGUUGUUUUCACAGCACUGGCAGUUCUGUGGCGUCCUCAGCUGUAGCUGCAUCACCUGCAGCCACUACGCAAGCGUUUCUCUCAUUUAUACCUACAGCCUUACCCAACAGAAAACAAAUCUAAAUGGCUCUCUAGUUUCUGUGAUGUUAGAAUAAAUAUUAAAUGAUAUGCUGGAGUUGGCAGAUACCGAGUGUCAUCGCCUACAGAGUCUGAAGACAGCCUUUGGCAAAGCCCACCCAAGAUACAGAGGGAAUGAUGACAAGGGUCUGAGUAGCUUAAGUUAUGGGGUAGAAAUAAUUGAAAACACAGAAAUUGUGUAUGUGUGUGUUAUUGUUUUUCUCAGUUUUGUUCACUGGAACCUGACUGGCCAGUUUUGCUUGUUUAAUUUUUCUGAUAAAUUAUAUGAAUGGUCAGUCUCCAAAUUCAAGCCAAUACAUACUGUAUUUUUCUAGUGAACGGCUAACGAGCUCUGUCUACAGCUGUAAACCAUGUUAAAGUGAAGUGCUCUCUACCAGCCUGAUGAAAUUCCUAAGUGGUUAAGAAGAUCAAAGCAUGUUUGAAAUGUCUUUUCACUUUUACUGUUUAGAUUGUAGGAAGCAACAUAAAAGCAUAUGGUGUGUCUAAUAUAUCAAUAUAGUUGCCUUAACUAUGGAAACAAUUAGAAACACUUUGUUUACUGAGGGAUAUAGAUAGUGAGUUUCCCUGCCCCACAAAAUGCCAUGACCAGAUGCUUAAGCAUAUUCUCAAGGCUUAUUGGAUGUAUGUCCAGCAAUGGGAAACAUAAAUAAACAUAAUUAUGUUUUAUCCAGUUGAAUGCAGCUCUUAUACAGAGAAAAAAAGGUAAUUCAGUUCAAAAUUGGCCUAUAUCAUGGUAAAGAGGAUUUUCCAUAAAGGUCCCAGAGAUAUAAAUUAUUAGGAACUCCCAUUAGAUACUAACUAGACUUUGUGCAUUGUGGAUCUCUGAAAUCAACUCUGUUUCAUAAACUGUGUAUUAUUUAAUUACAUUUAAUGUUUAAAAUUUUGUAUCAUGGUAGAUGUAAAUGUAAAGCAAUCUGAACUCUAGAACACUCUCUGUUAUGCAUCACCUUGAUUGCUACCCUAGAAAAUGUCAAAAUGUGCAUUAUAUUACAAGGCUAUUUCUUUUUUAAUGCGUUUUAACUUUUCGGAUGAAAAAGUACUAUAAUAACUUCUAAUGGGUUAAGACUUAAUGUGCGUUUUUCAACAACUGUUUACGGUGCCAUUGAAUAUAUAUAUACAAACAUAACUGUAUGAAUACAGUGAUUAAUAUGAUAAAUAUAUGAAACAUUAGAAUUGUUAUAUUUACUACAUUUCGUAACUAUUACAACAGUUUAAUGGCCAUUUUCAUGUUGUAGACUAUUAUUAUGUACAGUUUUAUAAGAUUUAAUGUAAAACACUUGCCUUUGGUUUUUUGUAAAACAUCUAUUUGAUACUUAAACAGCCACUGACAUAACUCAAAAGAAGAACCCUGUAUCUUACUAAUCAACUUCAGGCAUUUUAUCUGGCAACUGUGAUUAUAAAAGACAAGCCUGACUCAAAGAAGGUGCCAUGUUCCAGAAUUACUGCUGGAUGUCGUUAUGUAGAAAGUGGCAAUAAUACAGAACAAGCAUACAAUAAGUGAACAAAGACUCCCUAGUAUGUUUUCAGAUAGUGAACAUGUCUAAUUAUGUUUGCAGAGGUGGGGCUUGAGUUUUGGUUUUAAUUCAGGCUCUUAGAUCAGAUUUACAGACGUAAAGGUAUAAUCAGAACCAUCAACACACCCAGCUGCAAAGGAGGUGCCUUUAAAGUGGCGGCAGCUCAGUUACCUAAAAGAGGAUUCAAUUUUAAUAUUGAAAGGAGGAAACAAAAUGGAAAGGAAACUUUACACUAACAUGAAAUAUUUUAUAUUUGAAUUCUGAUUUUUCAAAAUGGUAAGGAUAUUAGUAUCACUGAGUAGUGCUUUCCAGUCGUAUCAGUGAAAAUCAGUUUUGACCAAAAGUACACAAAUGGCUGUCCUGUGUGUCCCGGGGUUUGAGAGCUGCACCAGUCUAUUGAACUAUGAUUAAAAAUGCCACUUCUCAUAUUCAUUUUCACUGCCCUUUGGAAAAGUGCACUUUUACCUGAGGAGAUGUGCAAGUCAUGUCAUUUGUACAGUGAAAGGACACUGUAAUUCACUGCACUCUUAAAGGAUCCAUUGUGAUGGCUGCUGUUAGACAGGGUGGUCUCUGUGCACACACUGAAAUGUUCAUCAGGUGCUACCACCACCAGCUCCUCAGGUGAUACCAAUCACUGUGGUUUCACUCAAGCAAUUCGCAUCUGUUGCUUGUGAAUCUGACCCCUAAUUUAGUAUUCUCACACUUAAGAUGCUCAGUCAGGCAAAUGUAUCCGUGUUUGCACACCUAAGUCUCCUUCAGGAUUCCUGUGGAUAGAGCUAGGGUUUCAGGGCUACCAGAAACAUCAGCUGUGCAGCUUGUAGUUUUCAGUUCUUCUCACCUGCAGAGACAGAACUUGAAUACCCAGACUUGGGUGUCUUUUUGAGGUCAUUUCUGGAAAAGGUUUUGUGCUUUUAGCUGGGAGCAGCAAUGCAGCUGCCUUGCAUUCAGCUGUAGCAGAGGAAGCUGAGAAGCCCUGCAGUAGGCACGUAUCGAAUAACUCACCCAGGGGAUUUCUUUCUUGUUGCUAAAUGUCAUAGUCUUGCUAAACAAAAACCUCUAAAAAAUAAAGUGUUUGAAUUUUGGGUUUGGUUAGCAAAUAUUUGUAUGAUGUAGCAUUCAUGUCUUGAGCUAGACAAGACAACCCUUUUAAAGUUUCUGGAACAAAACUAGAACAAGUUGAAACUGGGAGGUAAGAUAGAUUCAACUAAUUUUGCUGGAUUCAACCAGCAAAGAAUUUUAAUAGGCACAAAUUGUUACGGAACGAAGGAAGAGACUGCAGAGGACUCCACACCUAUUAAUGCAUUUCACACCAUGAUACUUCUACACUGUAAGAAGAGAACUGGUCAAACCAGCAUGAAGUAUGUUCAUGAUGUGCACCAGAAAGGGUGCAGCUUUAAAAGGCAAUGCAGUAUAUUUUUACUGAUGGUUUAUGAUUUUAUUUCCCUCAGGAUCAGUUGCAUUUACAUAUUAAAAACAAAAUAUUUUCCAUCAAAUAAAAAAUCUAUAACAGCAAAGGCAAAAACAACUGCCUGUGUCAGAUAAAGGAAGUGUUCCAGGUGAAUAAGAUACGUAUUUUACAAGAUCUUAUUUUGUUAUCCAGGACACUGUAGUUACGAUGUAAUUACAAAGGUCUAAAUGCAGAACACUUUUGAACUUGUCUAUGUAAUAGGCACUAGUCUAAGAGCAUUGCUGUAGCUUUGCCUAACAGUUACGAAUUGUAUUUAGCCACUGCUUUUUGAAUGUUUACUGUUUUGCUAUGACUUUCUUUUAAUAUUUUGCUGUGCCAGCAUUUGUGAAUGUCAGCGUUGGAAAAUAACUGCUGUCAUACAUUUGUGAGUAAAAUCAAUCUAUAAUUUUC